AGAAAACUCAAACGGGUCAGUUAGGGUUGAACAACUGGGUUAUCUUCUUCAAUCUUAACUUCAUCGAGGCAUUAAGAAACCCUAGAGAAACAGCUACGACACUCGAUCAAGAAACCAUUCUUCGCGUUCUUCCUCUUCAAUCCUGCUCGAUUAAGCGACAAACACACUCCUUCUCCUUCUCACCCCCAAAAAAAACCCUAGUUCCUCCCCUGCUCGCUGCUGUUACCCCCAAAAGAAACCCGUCACUGCUGUUGUUUUUCAUCAAACCAUCGCUGCCCUCUUCUCAUUUCAAGGCGUGAAAAAUAAACCUACCAAAACAAUGGGAGCUAAGAAAGGUGGAAAAGAAGAUGCGGUAGAGGACAUGCCACAUGUUCCUUUAAAAGCCAUUUUAUUGGCCGAUAGUUUCACCACAAAGUUCCGUCCGAUCACCCUCGAAUGUCCAAAAGUACUUCUACCAAUAGUCAACACUCCUAUGAUUGACUACACAUUAGCCUGGCUUGAAUCCGCAAACGUUGAAGAAGUUUUCGUCUUUUGCUGUUCUCAUUCAAAACAAAUAAUCGACUAUCUCGACAAGUCAAAGUGGGUCAACCAACCAAAUUUCUCCGUCUCAACAAUCGAAUCCCACAACUGCAUCAGUGCUGGUGACGCCUUACGUUUCAUUUACGACAAAAACGUGAUCAACGGCGAUUUUGUACUCAUCAGCGGUGAUACAGUCAGCAACAUGAUACUUACAGAAGCACUUCAAGAACACAAAGAAAGACGACAAAAGGACAGCAAUGCUGUAAUGACAAUGGUGAUCAAACAAUCAAAACCGUCUCAAAUCACCCGUCAAACACGUUUAGGAACCGAUGAGUUAUUCAUGGCAAUCGACCCCGCUACGAAACAGUUGUUAUAUUACGAUGAUAAGUCCGAUGAUCAGAAAGGAACGUUAACUCUCGAUAAAGCAUUUCUCGCUGAAAACCCUUCAAUUUCCGUCCACAACGAUAAACAAGAUUGUUAUAUUGACAUUUGCUCCCCUGAAGUCCUUAGCUUAUUCACCGACAACUUCGAUUACCAGCAUUUACGCCGUCAUUUCGUUAAAGGUUUGCUUGUUGAUGAUAUAAUGGGUUUCAAAAUCUUCACUCAUGAAAUCCAUUCGGAUUACGCUGCUAGAAUCGAUAAUUUCCGAAGCUACGAUUCAAUAAGUAAAGACAUAAUUCAAAGAUGGACGUACCCGUUCGUGCCAGACGUCCAGUUUUCAUUGAACAAUCCAACAAACCUCGAAAGACACGGGAUUUAUCGGGCCUCGGAGAUAUUACAAUCUCGUUCGGCUGAAAUCGGUCCGUUUACGUAUAUCGGGAAAGGAAGUAGUAUCGGUGGUAAAACGGUAAUUUCAAAUUCGGUUAUUGGGGACGGUUGUAAAAUCGGGAGUAAUGUGUUGAUCGACGGUUGUUAUAUAUGGAAUAACGUUACGAUAGAAGAUGGAUGCAAUCUAAAGCAAGCGAUAUUAUGUGACGGGGUUGUUAUGAAAUCUGGGUCGGUUCUUGAACCGGGGGUAGUUUUGUCUUUCAACGUUGUUGUCGGACAGGAAUUCGUGGUCCCCGCGUAUUCCAAAGUUUCUUUACUCCCGCAGCCCGUGACGCAAGACAGUGAUGAGGAACUUGAAUACGCUGAUAAUAACAGCGGAAUCAUACACACAAUCGAUACGCUCGAGAACGGGAAUUCGCGUACGGAAUGGGAAUCGUCUGAGGUCGGCAUCGGUGGGCGAGGUUUCAUUUGGUCAAUGAGCGAAGUUGACCAUGAAGAAGAAUGGCGGCAUUCGGUUGCACCGAUACCUGAAACAAAACUAAUCGAGCUUACGCAAAUGGUUUUCGAUAAUCUUGAACUCAACAUUCAAGACGACAUCGUUUUGGCGGUUCCCGGUGAGCAGGAAUCAGGUAACGAAUCUGACGAUGAUAAUAUCGACGAUUCUCUACAGAUUUUCGAAAAAGAGAUUGAAGCGACGUUUUUGAGGGCUGUUCAUGAAAAAGUCAAAGACGACCAUAUAAUCCUGGAAGUCAACUCGCUUCGGUUAUCAUACAACUUGGCUCUUGAGGAUUGUGCUAGCGCGUUAUUUUAUUCCAUGAUGAAAUUAGCACUUGAUACCACGCAUACCUCACCUGCAAGUCUGGUUAAAAACGCUAAUGAUGUGAUGUCGCGAUACGGGAAGCUGUUAAAACCGUAUCUUCAAAGUGUAGAUGGUGAAAUAGAGGUUAUAUUGAAAUUUGAAGAAAUGUGUUCGGAGAGUGCGAAAGAGUUUGCCGCUGUGUUUGUGCAGAUUUUGCAUAUGUUGUACGAUAAAGACAUUAUUCAAGAAGAAGCUAUUCUUAAUUGGGCUGAAGAAAAAGAAGGUGCCGAUGAAUCGGAUAAAGUUUUCGUUAAACAAUCAGAGAAGUUUAUUCAGUGGUUGAAUGAAGCAUCUGAAGAAGAAGAUUGAGAAACUGGUUUCGUAACAUGGAAAAAAGGGUUGCAAAACAGUUGCUCAACCAGUGAGUUGUUAUUUUUAAAUUUUUGUUAAAACCUAUGUUCUGCAUACAAUUUGGUUUGUUUCAUGUUGUUUUAAACAUAGUUCAGAUUUUGGUAGUUUAUUGCUCUUGUUAGUCAACGCGUAGAGGGUAUGUGAUACGCGUUUCGGAAGUAAGGUUCUUGUCCAGAUAAGUGCGUCUCAGGACAUCACAUGGUGCUCUUUGAGAUGAUCUGCGACUGUGUGCUUUUUUUCCGUCUUUAUUGAUUAGAGGUUCGUGGGUCAGUUUUGAGCGUAAACUGAACCAAAAUCAAAAGUUCAUACAAUGAUGUUAUAAUUUAUUCAAUA